AUGAGUGUCGUCCACUUUGGCCCAGAGCGGCCGCCCUCCUACCCCGAGUUCACCUUUGACAAGGAGAUAAAAGCCCGCCAAAAACGAUUCACUAAUAUUAGUAUUCUUUCUGCGAGCACUGUCCACUCUAUCCUGAGUUGGUCGAGUCGAGCGUCGCGCAAGUCGACUCGCUCCACAGACCACGCCCCUGGUCAGCACGAGCAGUCAAAGACAGAUAUUAUUCGCGAGGUUAUCCGCAAGUGGCGGCGCUUGCUAUCAAAGCAACGUGACGAAAGUAACUCCUCGAGACACACUACUACAUCCCCCGCCCUACCGCAGCAGCCGCCGGAUUAUGCAUCGCUCAUCAAGACUACCUUCUCCAAUAACCCCUCGUGUGCCUUGUACGCCGAUGACAUUUGCAAACAAUUGAUUCGCACAAAUGAGUGGUGUCGUACAAAUCAGGAUCCUGGCUGGCAGGAGAUUGUCGCUUCGGUGCUGCCUCGCAAUCGAGCAUUCGAGGCUGUCAUUGAGACCCGCAAGCGAAAGAUCAGCAAAAGGGGCCACGUCAAGUGGAAACUCGCGGUCGCAGACUCGGGAGCUUCGACUGCAGGACUUUCGUGGUGCUCGCCUCGACUCUCGUCUCUCCAUCCGAUCGAGCUCACGACGGACAAAGGGCUUGACGCGGCAGGCGUGGCCCGCACAACCAGCAUCCCAACAGCUGACAACCAGCACACUCUUUUCUCCUCACCAUCAUCAGUCCAUGCUUUACAACCAGCCACAACAUUCGUAGGACUGAGCGACCGUGCUGCGAAGAAUGGAUGCCUGGAGAUAAUCGAUCCAACAAGCGUCUCUCGAUCUAAAAACAAGAGCCAUACAGCAUGCAAUGGCACUGGACCUGUGAGCUACUCAGCCUCGCCCGUGGAAACCUUAGGCAAUUCCAACCUGGCCCAGAGCUCGUCUCCAGCUGGCCAAGGGGGUUUUGAGCCUCCCCAACAGACCGAGCCCGGGGGCGCUGGUGACGGGCAUGGGGGCAGAAAAAAGCCACGCCUCGACGUAUCCGACCGAACGGUUGGCAAGCCUAAGCUUGCAUGCGUGUACCGGAAGAUGGAUCCGCAGACAUAUGGCCUGGAUUCUCAGGACUACCGAGCUUGUGCUCUCGACGGGUGGAAACAUCCUGCAGAUCUACUUCGCCACCUGCAACGAAAACAUGGCGAGCAUAGCUGCGGAAGAUGCUACCUGUACUUUAGCGCACCUGAAGAGUGCGAUGCUCACUUCAGCCAAUGCAGCCUUCAUCUCAGGGGUACACGGGAAGAAAAGUGGGAAAAAUUGUGGCUGGUUCGAUUCCCUGAUACACCGCUCCCUGAGAAUCCGUAUUUCAGUCCCCCAUACGAAGUUCCACAGCUCACGAUAAACCCGGAGGCCGGAGGCUCACGUCCUGGCCAAGAUCUACCCUCGCCGUCACCCCUACCAAGUCUGCCAACUUUCACCUUCAACAGCCCCUCUCCGGGCACGCAGAUGCUGUCACCCAAUGCCGAUCAUGGAGGUAGUCGGCCGACCACGCCGUCUGCAGCAAUACAGGACAUGGAAUCCCGGGUUGGAACCCUCGAGCGACAGCUCACCCUCCUUGAGCAGAACUUUGAGUUUCUGCACGAGUAUGUCAGCCGGUUAUUCAAGGUGGCACCUGAUGACCCCAGUCCUGGUUCAGAUCCUACAGGCACAUUUGCUGCUUCAUUCGGAAGUACCAUAUACGGCGCCAGUGACCAGACCAUGCUCGCCGCACCGUUUGACGACACUGUGUCGCUUUCAGUAUUUCCUCCAUCCACCACGCCCUCCACGGGCUAUCAUCCCGCGUCGGAGUUUUCUGCCUUUGGGGCAAGCAGUGCGCACGCGACAGCACCAUCCUCUCAGGCGCCGUCUAAUGGAGAGAUUACUGGCGUGCCACCCUUUGAAUUGGAACUACAAUUUUCAGUCUUGGACAAGGUGAACGCCAACUACCUUGGAGGGGAGCCUGAUGAUGCUGACUCUCCGAUGCCUGGCUUGGAUCAUGAGGUGCCUCUCUACAAUCUUGGCCCUCAGGCUGGGUCGACCCCUGGGUUUGCAUUCGAGCGAUAUUGA